CGCCGUAUAGCAACUGCCCUCUUGUUCUUGCUUUUCACGGCUGCACUGGAAGAUGAGGAGCAGCAAGGCCUCCUGCGCCCUGGAGACCGUGUGGGAGGACAAACACAAGCAUGUGGACGCUGCCCGCGCCGCCUGCACCCCGCAGCUGCCGGCCGAGGGCGCCGUGAACGGGCCCGGCUGGGAGGAGGCACCGGACGCCAGCAGCCACACAGACCCACAGAAGGGCCGCUCUGGGAAGGGGCCUCUGCAGAAGAAGAGGAAGCGCUCCCCCCGGAGCUGGCUCGGCCAGGCCGACCUGGCCCUCGUGGGCCUCUCAGCUGACCACGUGUGGCUGGACAAACCACUUUUCGACCAGGCAGAGAGCACCUACCGCCAGAGGCUGGCCGACGCAGCUGCCCAGCCCACGCUGUCCCUGCGGGUCCCCUGUACCCAUGGCAGCCAGGUGGCCUGCCACCAUGUGACCUGGGGCAUCUGGGUCAACAAGUCGUCUUUCGACCAGGCCGAGCGGCUGUUUGUGGAGUGGUCUCAGGCCCUGCUGCUGGCCUCAGAGGGUCUCAGCGCACAGGGCCCCCCUGACACAGGCCAGAGUUCUGCCGUCUCGGCCCUGGCCCUGACCCUGGCCCGCCAGCCCAGCCCACCCACCAACAGCCAGCCGCCCCUGGGCAGCCUGCAUGCACUGGUCCGAGAGGUGUGGCUGGAGAAGCCACAGUACGAUGCGGCCGAGCGGGGCUUCUAUGAGGCCCUGUUUGACGGCCACCCCCCGGGCAAGGUGCGCCUGCAGGAGCGAGCUGGCCACAGCGAGGGUGCCCGGCGUGGCCGCAGGGACAGACGCAGCCGCAACCCUGUGGGGCCCAAGAGGGUAGGGCCACGGCGGCCAGACGGGGAGGCGCCACCGGCCCCGGCCUACGGGUACUUCUUGCACAAAGACUCGGAGGCGCCCUGGCUCAGCAAGCCCGCCUUCGACAGUGCCGAGUGCCGCCACCACGCUGCCGAGGCACUGCGCAUGGCCUGGCGCCUGGAGGCUUCCCUGGGCCACCGCCCUGCUCCCCGCUCCAGCCCGUCCGUGUCCAGCCUGAGGCCCAAGAAAAUGGCCACGAACUUCCUCAUGCGCGAGAAGGUCUGGUUCGACAAGUUCAAGUAUGAUGAUGCUGAACGCAAGUUCUACGAGCAGAUGAAUGGGCCGAUGGCCAGCUCGUCCCGCCAGGAGAACGGUGCCAGCGUGAUCCUCCGGGACAUCGCGCGAGCUCGGGAAAACAUCCAGAAAUCCCUGGCGGGGGUGAGUACGCCCCGGCUCACUGGGGGAUCCAGUGGACCUGGAGGGGACCACAGCGAGCUGCUUGUGCGCAUCGCCAGCCUGGAGGUGGAGAACCAGAGCCUGCGCAAUGUGGUGCAGGACCUGCAGCAAGCCUUUUCCAAGCUGGAGGCCCGGCUGAGCGUGCUGGAAAAGAACUCACCCACCCACCGUGCCACGGCCCCGCAGACCCAGCACGUGUCUCCCAUGCGCCAAGUGGAUCCCCCAGCCAAGAAAGCAGCCACACCAGCAGAGGAUGACGAAGAUAAUGACAUCGACCUGUUUGGCAGUGACGAGGAGGAGGAGGACAAGGAGGCAGCCCGCUUGCGGGAGGAACGGCUAAGGCAGUAUGCCGAGAAAAAGGCUAAGAAGCCCGUGCUUGUGGCCAAGUCAUCCAUCCUGCUGGAUGUCAAGCCCUGGGACGAUGAGACAGACAUGGCCCAACUGGAGGCCUGCGUGCGCUCCAUCCAACUGGACGGGCUGACCUGGGGGGCCUCCAAGCUGGUGCCAGUGGGCUACGGCAUCCGCAAGCUGCAGAUCCAGUGUGUGGUGGAGGACGACAAGGUUGGCACCGACCUGCUCGAGGAGGAGAUCACCAAGUUUGAGGAGCACGUACAGAGUGUCGACAUUGCGGCUUUCAACAAGAUCUGA